UUCGCUCCGGAACUACCUGCCUAACUCUGAUUCCGAGUUCAACACAUCAAUAACAUCAAGCCUUUUUGUCUGUAUGAGUCACUGUUUAAUGACGGACGGAUGCUGCUUCAUCUCCUACACAGUAACCACGUCUGAGUGCGUACGUCACCGGAAGUGGAAGGGAUACAAAUCUGGGAUUUCGUCAUCUUUUUGGAAUCCUUUGACAGAGGACGGAUGUCCAUGUGGGUGGUACAAGUUUCAAACUUCAUGCUUUCUCAUUCCUGAUGUACAACUCUCGUGGCAUGAUUCAAAGGAAUACUGUCAAAAACUGGAUGCCAAGUUGGCCGAGUUGGAUACUGAACCGAAGGAUGUUUUUGUAGUAGACCUUAUUAAAAAAGGAACUGAAAAGCGAACCUGGAUUGGUGGAUCUGACAUCGAUAAAGAAGGCAGCUGGACCUGGAGUACUUCCGGUUCAUUGUUGAACAUUACACACCAGAACUGGGCUAAAGAUCAGCCGAACAAUCAACCAGUUGAUAGUGACUGUUUAUGCAUUGGUACAUGGUAUAGAUAUAGAUGGGACGACAAUACUUGUACUUAUACUGGCGCAUUUGUCUGCGAGAAAACUGUGAGAAACCGACCACAAUACAUCAAAAGCCAUGCAUUGAGUGAGAGCAAGGCAUUGGGCUGAACGACGAUGGCUAGAUAAAUCAAAUGCUUUCUUAUUGGGGUCGUCGGCGUAUAGCUCGGAGUUUAAAGGUUCAAAUUAUGGUCUCUCAUAUAAUAUUUGUCCCCCGUUUAACAAUACCAAUGGACAGUAGAGUAUGCGUCCCGUAUACAGUCCAAGAUUCGAGUUUUGCAAUGAUCCUACAAUAUUUUGUAUUUCUGAUUCUCUAUAUGACUCAUGUGUGUCUUAACAGAUAUAGAUAUGCAGUAGCGUGAAAUAGUUCGCAAUUUGGAAUCUUGCAUUUGUAUUUUUAAAUUCUUUCUAUCAGUUAACCGUAGCGUCACUUGCAGAAGGGAUCCUGAAGGAAUAUCUAGCCUUUCUUCGCGUAGUUUUCAAGUAAUUUACCGUUGUGUAUGUUGCAAGGAAUUGAAAGAAACAAAAAAUCAAAAUUCUUCAACAUCAUAUUCCUCUGUAUGCUUAGCAAAGUAACGUUAGAAUAGAGCUGCAAAAAUACAAAUAAAUAAACAAAUAACAUGUAGUAAACAAAUAAUAUCUAGUGCAUGGCAACGGAAAAUAAUAAAUAAUAUGAAAAGGAACUUCAAAACCAAUACCUUGCAGCUUAUUGCAAAGUUUUGUUAAAAUGAACCUUAUUUGAAAAAAUACACUGUGAAAUUAUAUUGUGCAAUUUAGGUUUACGAACACCAUUAUAAUAGAUUUUACUGUUUUACUGUAUAAGCAAUU